GCGGUUAAACAACAACUUUGCCCCCUUGUAAAACAAAUAACUAUUUUGCUAUCCUUAUUUCUUCUUCUAGGGAUAAGAAGCUAGAGUUGGGAGAGAUUUUCUCGGAUCAAAUCGGGGAAAUCCUGAAGAAAAAGCAGUUCAAGAUGUUUCGACCACUCUUGGACGCGUUUUGGAGCGAGUCCCUGUGGCUGCCGCCGAACGUGACAUGGUCGGAUGUAGCGCCUGGAGCGGGUAGCCCGCGGGUGCUCCAUACCGAUUAUCGCCAUUUGUGGCUCGCUGUCCCAUUGGCAGUGGCGCUUUUAGCGCUUCGCGGAGUGUUGGAUAAAUACAUAUUUGCACCACUCGGCAAGACACUGGGCAUUAAACAUGACAGAAAUAAAAAGGUCUCCCCAAACCACGAAUUGGAAGCAGCAUACAGAACCAAUCCAGAUUCGAAACAGGUAUACGCUCUGGCCAAGCAGCUAGACUUGCCAGAGCGACAGGUGCAGCGCUGGUGGCGCCGCCGCCGGCUGCAAGACAAGCCGACAACGCUCGUCAAAUUCUGCGAGAGCUGCUGGCGAGCCAGCUUCCUGUGCUACAACCUGGUGAUGGGCUGGAGCGUUCUGUGGGACAAGGACUGGCUAUGGGACGGUGAUUACUGCUACAUCGGUUAUCCUCAUCAGGGCAUCACCAACGACGUCUGGUGGUUCUAUAUGGUAGCCCUCGGCUUCUACUUGUCCCAGACCCUGUCGCUAUCCACGGACGUUCGCCGCAAGGACUUCUGGCAGCAAGUUAUCCACCACGCGGCCACGCUCUCGUUGAUGAGCUUCAGUUGGGUGUGCAACACGCACAGGAUUGGCACGCUGGUCAUGCUGUCUCAUGACGGCUCGGAGACAUUGCUAGAGGCGACAAAAGCGACGAAGUACGCCGGAUACCACAGAGCCAGCGAAUACAUGUUUGCCGUCUUCACCGCGCUGUGGAUUGCCACCAGGAUAGGGAUGUAUUCCUACUUCGUUGUUGGAAGCGCAACGUUUAGAGCAGCACUCUUCAUACACCUGGCCCCUAUGUUACGAGUGCUCAUCUGUCUGCUCUGGGUGCUGCUGGCUCUGAAUCUGUUCUGGACCUGGCUAAUACUGCAGGUGGCGUACAGAGCUAUCAAACAUGGACAGAUGGAGGGUGACAUUCGCAGCUCGAGUUCAGAAUACACUGACAGCUCGACCAAUACACGCACCAGCCGAGAUAGACAAAUAGGCAUCUAAACGGAAUAAAAUUGUAUUUUCACAUUAUUUCGGAAAGGAGUCUUUUUCCCUGCUAGGAAGCAAAGUCGCAAUACUGAGAGCGUCUUCACAUACAUAAAAGAAAAAAAUACACAGUAUUCCAUCCGAUAUCGAUUGCAGUACCGAUCUCAUACAUUUCAAUGGCGUCAUCGUUGCUGCACCACCGAGUACCUUUUCCGUCCUUAUUCCUACAUCCGAUAUCGGGAAGAAUAAUGUGAAAACGCUCUGAUGUUGCCCAGGUUUUGCAGCGUAGGUAUUAACCACAGGGGGGAUCCAGGGGAAAGAGGGUAGACGGCGCUGCUUAAAAAUAUUAGGUACUAAACCUAAAAUAUUUAGGUACAAAUUGAAAAAUAAAUAUCCUACAACAGAAAA